AUGGCUACCCCCAGUGUCCUUACUUUUCAUGCUGAGGGCCGUGCCGUUGACUUUGAGGUCUGGGUCGAUGACCUCCAGCUGUUCCUCCACUACGAUAGGGCAGACGGCCUCUCUCUGUUCGACCUCACCUCUGGUGCCUCCCCUGCUCCGCUUGCUACUGCUGACAGCACUGUUCGCUCACAGUGGGCGACACGCGAUGCUGCUGCCCAUCUUGCUGUGCGUCGCCACUUACCGACCACUGAGCGUGCACACUUUAGCCACUACAAGAGUGCUCAGACCUUGUACGACGUUGUAGUUGCGCGCUACUCUUCCCCUGCCACUGCUGCAGUGAUCCGCCUCAUGCUACUUCGGUCGGCGCUGCGUCUGCCCCUAGCGGGAGACGCCGCACCGGCAAGGGAAAGGGGGGCAAGGGCGCUGGAGGGGCUGGCGGGGGCGGUGGAGGUGGUGGUGGAGGCAGUGGAGGGGGUGGGGGUGGUGGUGGGAGUGGUGGCAGGGGUGGCAGCGGCGGUGGCAGCAGUGGAGGCGGAGGAGGCGGCGGUGGUGGCGGAGGGAGCAGAGGCGACGGAGGUGGCGGAGGAGGCGGAGGUGGAGGAGGCGGCGGAGGCGGCGGCGGCGGCGGCGGUGGUGGAGCGGGUCGCGACUCUGCGCAGAGGAGUGGGUCAGGUGGUGGUCCGCGCCAGCAGCAGCGGAGUGGUGUGA